AUGUCAACUGUGAUCCGGUUGCUUCACGGAAAGCUGGAAACUCCUUCGUACAAAAAGGUGUACAAGGUCAAGAUGGAGAUUUACGAAAAUUUUUCCACCAGUCCCAUGAUGGCGGCUUGUUAUCCAGUUGAGGUAGCAACGAAGGCCACAAUUGAGCAAGCGAACAAGGAAGCUCGGAGGUGUAUCCGAGAUGAACUGGGACCGAAGAAUGAGUCCCUCAAAUGGGAUGAAGUGCAUGACACAAGCGGCAUGAUCCGCAUUCGAGCCAUCUAUCAAGAUGAGGCCAAUGAUGCAAGGGCCGUUGCGUGGGUUGAGGAAGCGGACAGCCUGAUUGAAGACAUAGGAUCUCAUGCAGACUAG